AUGGGUUGUUGUUUAAAAAUAUUCUAUUUUACUAAGUAAUAAGCAAAGUAGAAUUAUGUUGCUCUAAACUCCUUAAAUAAUCAAACUAAUUAAUAGAAAUAAAUUUAGAUUGAUUUAGAAUCUCAACAAAACAACUAAUCAAAUCAGAAUUAUAAUCAUAACACGUUCAAUCAUAAUAAUAGGAAAAAUAUUAGUCAUUUUGAUGGUGAUGAUAAUCAUGAUAAUGACAAUGAUGAUAAUGAUAACGAUAAUCAAAACAAUGAUGAUGAUGAUAAUCAUUAUGAGGAUAAUGAUAAUAAUAAUAGUAAUAAUGAUCAAGAAGAUGAUGAUAAUAACUAAAAUAGCGAAUUCGAGGUCAAUAAUAAUGAAACUAAGAUCUAAUGUUUAAUAGAUAAAUUAGUAUAAGGUUAAAUUGAAAUAUCAAAUUAUAUUAUGGAAAAAAAUCAUAUAAAAAAUAUAUAUGAGCUUUCGUAAAUAAUACGUAGAUGUGUAGGUAUAGAUAAAUUAAAUAUAAGACUUAAUUCUAAUGAUAUUUCAGAUAAAGAUUGCGAAAUAUUAACACAAGGAAUAUCAAAUUGUACCAAUUUAAUAUCCUUAUCACUUCAUUUAUAGUAAAAUUAAAUUGGUGAAAUUGGAUUAAACUCAUUAGGAAAAGAAAUAUCCAAAUUAGAAAGACUUAAAACAUUAAGUUUAUGUUUAUUAAGUAAUAUUAUAAAUAAGAAUGGAAUAUAAAAAUUAUUUUUAGGAAUUUCAUAAUGCACAAAUUUAGAUUCACUUACUAUUGAUCUUCAGAAUAAUAAUAUAGGCGAGAAUGAUGAUUUUGAAUUAGGUAAUGGAAUUUCUAAAUGUGGUAAUCUCACAUAUUUAAAUCUUUAUCUAUUCAAAAAUAAUCUAUCAGAUAUUGGUACUUCAAAUUUAGCUAAAGGAAUUUCUAAAUGUUAAAAAUUAACCUCUUUAGAAAUUGAUCUAACCGAAAAUAGUAUUGGGGAUGAAGGAUUUUUAAACUUAGGAGGAGAGAUUUCUAAAUUAAAAGAAUUGAAUUUUUUAGGUAUUAAUCUAAAAAAUAAUAAUGUUGGUGACGUCGGAAUUCAAAAAUUUGGAGAAGUUAUUUUAUCAUUUGAUAAUCUGACUUCUUUAAUUAUUUCAGCUUCUUUAAAUAAAAUUACUAAUAUUGGAUGCUAAAAGCUACUUCAUUCAGUUUCACAAUGUAAAAAGCUGACUCAACUAGAAUUUUAUUUUAGUGAUUAUAAAGAUACAGAAAAUGAAAUUUAAAAGUUUAAAGAAACUUUUUCACUAUGCUAAUAAUUAACUCAUUUAAGCUUAGAACUUUCAUAAAGUUUAGAUAGCAAGGAUGAUAUUAAAGUACUAUCAUAGGAGCAGUGA